AUGGCUACCAAGGUCGGCAUUAACGGUUUCGGUCGCAUUGGCCGCAUUGUGCUCCGCAACGCCAUCGAGCACCCGGACCUCGAGGUCGUUGCUAUCAACGACCCCUUCAUCGACCUCGACUACAUGGUUUACAUGUUCAAGUACGACUCGACCCACGGCCGCUUCAAGGGCACUGUUGAGACCAAGGACGGCAAGCUCGUCGUCAACGGCAAGCCCAUCUCGGUCUUUGGCGAGCGUGACCCCUCUGCCAUUCCUUGGGGUAAGGCUGGCGCCGACUACGUUGUCGAGUCCACCGGUGUCUUCACCACCACCGACAAGGCCUCUGCCCACCUCAAGGGUGGCGCCAAGAAGGUCAUCAUCUCGGCCCCUUCGGCUGACGCCCCCAUGUUCGUCUGCGGUGUCAACCUCGAGGCUUACAAGCCCGAGUACCAGGUCAUCUCUAACGCUUCCUGCACCACCAACUGCCUUGCGCCCCUCGCCAAGGUCAUCAACGACAACUUUGGCAUUGUCGAGGGUCUCAUGACCACUGUCCACGCUACUACCGCCACCCAGAAGACCGUUGACGGCCCUUCGCACAAGGACUGGCGUGGUGGCCGUGGCGCCGCUGCCAACAUCAUCCCCUCGUCGACCGGUGCCGCCAAGGCCGUCGGCAAGGUCAUCCCCUCGCUUAACGGCAAGCUCACCGGCAUGUCGUUCCGCAUCCCUACCUCGAACGUUUCGGUCGUCGACCUUGUCGUUCGCCUCGACAAGGGUGCUUCGUACGACCAGAUCAAGGACGUCAUCAAGAAGGCUUCGGAGGGCGAGCUCAAGGGCAUCCUCGGCUACACUGAGGACGAGGUUGUCUCGACCGACUUCCUCGGCUCGACCGAGUCGUCGAUCUUCGACGCCAAGGCCGGUAUCCCCCUCAACGACAAGUUCGUCAAGCUCAUCUCGUGGUACGACAACGAGUACGGCUACUCGCGCCGUGUUUGCGACCUCAUCGCCUACAUUGCCAAGAAGGACAAGUCGGCGUGA